GCAUAUAGACAUCAAGUAUGAUAAGAUCACAACCGAUCCGGAAUGCCAUCUCAGGGUGCAAUAGAUGCUCAAAAGGGCCUUCAUUCACAACAAGUAGAUUGGCAGCCCUCUCUCGACAAUACAGCUCUGUUACGUCACCUCCACCCAGUCAACAGCCUGACAGUAAUGGUCCAAGUAAGACACUGGCUCAAGUUUUGGCAGAUUCAAUCAAAGCUUCAGGACCUUUGUCAGUGUCUACAUUCAUGCGAACAUGUUUAUUGGAUCCAGAACAAGGUUACUACGCUUCAGCAAACGCCGCAGGUUCCUCUUCAGAUCAAGCCGGAAGAGAUGUUUUGGGUGCUAGAGGAGAUUUCAUCACUAGUCCAGAGAUCAGUCAAGUGUUUGGAGAAUUACUGGCAAUCUUCUUUAUUGCAAGAUGGCAAACUGUCAUGCCCGAUGGUCAAACGAGAUUGGUGGAGCUAGGACCAGGAAGAGGUACACUUUUGGCCGAUAUGAUUCGAACAUUUGCCAGAUUUUCGGCUUUCUUCAAUACGAUCAAAUCCAUCCAUCUAGUCGAAACUUCUCCGGGUCUCAUGGCAUUGCAACAUGAUGCGAUAGAAGCAGCGCUCACACAAGCCGGCAAAAAGAUCGUCCCUGCAGAUCAAGAAGUCUUGGCAGAUGAUGAGGUCAAGCUUGAAUGGUUCCCGAUCGCCGACAGUGUUCCCGUUCAGAAUGACACAUGGUCAAUGGUAGUCGCACACGAAUUCUUCGAUGCUCUGCCAACGCAUAUCUUCGAACGAUCUGCAGACGGUUUUAGGGAGGUCCUCGUGGACAUUGAACGUGCCAAAACUGGACAAUCUGGUAUCACAGUUCUCAAGCCAGGAGACCUUACCGGAGCAAAGUCUUCAACUCCAUCUGCCGACUCGACAGAUGCCAAGUUCCGAUACGUCAUUUCAUCUUCGCCUACACCAUGGUCUGUACUUUUGGCAGCUAGAAAUCCACGCUUCCAAGUUUUGCAACCGGGUCAACGAGUAGAAGUGAGCCCUGAAGCAUGGGCAACAGCACGAAAGAUGGGAGAAUUGGUUAGCGGCAGAAAGGCAAGAGCGGGUAAACCUGAACGGGAAAGUGAUGAACAACGUUUAGAACGCGAAAGAGGUGAAUCUGAACGCCUGCAGACUCCUUCAAAAGGUGGGGCUGGUUUAGUGAUUGAUUAUGGAGAUGAAAAGGCGUUUGGUGGAAGUUUUAGAGCUUUCAAAUCGCACAAGAUCGUCGAUCCUUUAGAUGCACCUGGAACGGCAGAUUUGACGUGUAAUGUGGAUUUUUCUUAUUUGAAAAAUGCACUUGCCAUGACAGACGCGAGAUCUUUAGGACCUAUGUUUCAAUCUCACUUUUUGCAAGCUUUAGGAGUCGAACAACGUGUUGAAGCAUUAGUCAAGAAUGCAAAAGAUGCAGAAAGAGGAAAAGAGAUCGAUCACGCUGCCAAGAGAUUGGUUGAUGCCAAUGGAAUGGGAGCGCAAUACAAGGUUUUAGGUAUUUGUUCAGAAGCACAAACGGGAGGUCCAAGUGUCAAACAAGUUGAAGAAGGAGUGACUGCAGCUGAUCAAGACAAGGUUAUGUGUUAUCCAUUUGAGAUGUAAGAUAAUAGUUAUAAUAGAUUGUACUAAUUUUAGA